AUGGCACCACGGCACCAUGGCACAAGCUGAAGCAGUUGGAUCCCCAGCUACAUCGAUGUCUAGAGCUAUUAGCCAACAGUUCUACCACUAGAUAGCUAUAGAGAUAUCUCUGUUCAACAGUCAACAGUGAACAAUGGCAGGGACUCGAUUGACUAUUCAGUUAAUCUUUGUGGUGGAGUUUUUUCUGUUGGCGUUAGCAGCUCUGUACUUUGGUCUAUACCGAACCAAGGAUCCAAUCAGUCACAAUCUGCCGAUCUAUCAAAGAGGGCGAGCCUUGAUUCAAGAGUCUCUGCGAGUGUUGGAGGAAACGGAUCUGAGUGCUUUGCCAAUCCUCCCUCUUGCGAUUGCUACGUCCGAACAAUACAAAUCCUCAUUUGCACAACAGCAACAACAAUCAGUACCUCAUGUAUCAUUCCAGAUAAAGACCCCCGAAGAAAUCAACGAGGUUUGUCAACAGCAGCAAACUGUUGUCACGAAUUCACAUUCCGUUUGGCUGUGUCCGCCAUCUUCGAGUAAUGAUGCAAAUAAGAUUACAAUCAAAGAGGGCGUGACAUUGUUGUAUCCAAACACGGAUAAUCCUGAGCAGAUUCAAUCCUUGACCGAAAAUUUGCUCAAAACGUUGCCAUCAUCAUCUCCGGCAAGAAAACGACAACGGAAACCAUUGAAAGUGACCCUCAUGUUGGAACAUCAUCGAAAGGAAUGGCAAGAUUGGGCUGAUGCCUUGGCUUCUUGGAUCCACAACAAUCAGCAAACCUUACUGGCUUGGCCUUGUGUGCAACAACAGAAUGGCAUUGACACGCAAGUCAUACUCAGCACUCUGCAAGAGAAUCAGGCAUCGCAGUCCAAAGACAACAAUAACAGUGGCCCACGGUUAGUAUCGACGCUAGAUGUUCAAGAUUCCAUUGUGGAUCGACAGACUUCCAAUUCAUGGAAUGUCAUUCUGUACAUUCCCAAAAAGACACCCCUGCAUUUUGUCCAAGACGACACAACGACAACAGCCAGUCCUGCCAUGUAUGCCGAUUCCACCUUGGUCACCACCAUUGGGCAACCAGAAACCCUCACGGUCGAACAAACACAAACCAUCACAACCACAGAACAAGAUGGAAACGAGACAAUCACAAAAACGCGGGAGGAAACAACCCACGAACAAUUGCCCGUUUCAAUCGACAAACUCGUAGAGGAUGCCAUGGCACCACUCGGAGAAUUCCUUCUCCAACAGUGCAUGGGGGCAACCACCACAAUCAACAAUGCAGAUGAUGAUGAUGUGCAAGUUGAAUCCGAUGGGAGUCUGCCGCAGUGGCAAUCGGAAACAUGGCUCCAGCAAACCGUUGCAACAGUCUAUCAACAAGUAAAGCGAGAAAUUCGGGACGAAGCCGAUUGGCUCUUGCAGUCGUCGACAUGGGUGGUCAUUGAUGAUGCCGUUGCGGCACAGUGGCAAACACUGGUCCAAGCCAUGCAAGAAGUGGCGCGGCACGUGGAAAGUGCCAGCGACAACAAACAAACUUCUCAACAACACUGGCUACAAGCUUUGACCAUUCUCGAAGAUGCUCUGGAUCAUCUUCAGGUCUUGCGAACUGAUCCCACGCUCAUGGAACCCCUGCGGUUCUCGGCACCUCAGUUUCUCGCCAUUUUUGCUCCCCUCUGUUUGCCGCUCUUCUUUCCACACCUGAUUGGGCUGAUACGAGAGUGGAAGCGCUAUAAACUCUUGCAUAGCAAGAAAACAGAGUAGAGUAUGGCACUCAUGUUCUUAUUAAUAAAUGAAUAACCCAUGCUUUACUCUUU